AUGUCGGCUUUCUUGUGGCCGCUGGUCCUUUCUGCGUCUGCUGCAACGGCGGCCGCCGUUGGUCAGGACACAGCGCGGCGCGAGUUGCCGGCCCAAGGAGCACUGCCCUGCAGCGCCUGCCUCUGGUCAGCCAAAGCAUUGCGUGCUGCGCUGGUGGAGAAGAUGCCAAAGCGCGUCAAGCCAAAGCUGCAGCGGCGAUUAUCUGAAGAGGUUCUAACAAAAUCUGGCGAUGAUUCAGCCUGCGCAUCUAAGCGCUUCCCGAAGCAGAUGGUGCUGUGGGCGCCGAAGACAUCAGAGAUCGACCCCAGAUACGAGGACUUUGAUGAAAUCCGCGGGGGCAAGUCAAACUCACUUACGAGUGAGCACUUCCAGCUUUUGGCCAGCAGUGCCGAGGCGAAGGGCAACGUCACCGAGGUUUGCACCACCCUACUGAGGAUCUUCUCAGAUGACAUGGUGGAAAAGUGUGCGCGGCACGAGGGUCGCAUCUAUGGGGCGCUCACCGAUCACUGGCUGUGUUACAGAAAGUCUCAGCUUUGUACCACCAAGGAGGCACCUCCUGGCAAGGAUGACGACGAGGAUUACGAGCGUGAGGAAGAUGAG